AUGAAGAAUUCAACAAGGGAAGAUAUGGAUUGUGAUCUCACCGAAAAUGUUUCAAGUAUCGUCCACAAAGUGCAAAAGUUUUUACAAGUUGGGUGCGGAUGUCAUCAAGGGUUGAAAGGUGGCCAGUGUGCGGAUUACUUCACAGUGGAAACCGUUAUUGGCAACCUAUACGACUGCCUGGAAUUGUCUCAUGCGGAACUGGACUUAGUAAUCUUGGCAAACCUUCAAGCUUUCACGGCGGCUAAAGUAACCGGGGGGAAAAGAAAAAGAAUUCCAGCUUACAGCUUUCUCUAUCAGUCUCAUCCCAUUUGCAAAGAAAUGUUUCUGCACAUGUACGGAAUCAGUAAGUCUCGGUUUCAAAGGCUCUUGGAACAUUAUCAAAACCAUGGAAUUUCUGUGCGGGUACACAGGAACAGCAAGAGGCUUCCACAUAACACUCUGCCACGGGCCAUUGCAGAAGAUGUAAAAAACUUCCUAAGCAAUUACGCUGAAGAGAAUGCUGUACUACUUCAUGGGAGAAUCCCUGGUUUUAAGAACGAGGACAUUGUGCUACUUUCGUCGAGUGAGACCAAAAUGUAUGUCUGGAACUGCUUUAAAAGUGCUUGUGAGGUGGCCAGUAAGAGGGUUGUGAGUUACACAAAAUUUAUCGAGUUAUGGAAACAAUUCCAUCCAAACCUCGUCAUGGGGAAGCCGAUGACUGACUUGUGUUUCACCUGCCAACAGAACACUUCUAAGCUUCUUCGAGCAGAAAAGUCAGAAUGUGUUCGCACCCAACAGUACCACUUAAAUUCAGUGCAGACUGAGAGAACUUUACAACAAGGCGUGCGAUAAUGCUAAACGCAGUUUUAAAGCAUUAGAGGACAGCGUAGACAUUGAUGAGCGCCAUGACCCAUGCUCACUUGACACCACAAUGCACAACUCAUUUGACUUUGCCCAAUAAGUUCAUUAUGCGAGUAAUCCGAUGCAACCGGGGCCAAUAUACUUUAAAACACUGCGUAAACGCGCCAUCUUUGGCAUUAUGUGCGAGGCGAUCCCAGAGCAGGUUAACUACCUGAUUGACGAGGCCAGCGAUGUAGGCAAUGGAGCAAACACUACGAUAAGAUACGUGCAUCAUUUCUUCGAGCAUCACGGACUUGGAGAAACUUCCGUUCAUCUCCACGCCGAUAAUUGUUCAGGGCAAAAUAAAAACAAUUAUUUUGUCUGGUACCUAGCUUGGAGGACAAUUCUUCAACUCCAUCUUUCAGUUAGAUAUUCUUUUUUGAUUGCUGGCCACACAAAGUUUGCCCCUGAUCGAUGUUUUGGCAUCAUAAAGAAAUUGUACAAGCAAAACUACAUCUCGUCAAUUUACGAAUUUGCUAACAUGGUGGAAUCGUCGAGUACUGGGGUCAACAAGGCACAGCUUGGUGAAACACAUGACGGAACAGUUAUUGUUCCAGUGUAUGACUGGUGUUCAUAUCUUGAACAGUACUUUUAAAGGCUGCCAAACAUUAAAAGCUACCACCACUUUCGAUUCACCAAAGAUGAGCCUGGUAGAGUUUACUUCAAAGAGAGUGACCUGUCUCCCGAACAGUUGCUGAUGCUUUUGAAGAAUCCUGCAAUCCUUCCUCCGGCCUCACGUCUUCAAGCCAAAGUGAAUCCAACGGGGUUGAGCCAUAAUCGCAAACAGUAUCUUUUCCGUGAGUUCAGGCAGUUCUGCAAGCCAGGAACAGAAGAACUGGUGGCACCAGUUCCUCAGGAAUAA